UACAUAAAACUAGGUAUGCCUCCACGAGAGUCCAUAAACGUAGUUCAGCGCAACUAUGCCGAGCCCGCGGCUUCGCUUCCUCCAAGAACGUAUGAGUUAAUCUACGUCAACUUGUUUCUUCACGUCGCUGCUCACGUAUCUGGUGUCUAUGGUCUUUAUCUGUGCUUCACUGCGGCACAAUGGAAAACUAUUUUCUUUGGGUACCUCUGGUUGGUGCUGGGUGAGCUGGGGGUCACGGCCGGCGCGCAUCGCCUCUGGUCGCACCGCUCGUUCAAGGUCAAGCCGCCUCUGGAGAUUAUGCUCAUGCUCAUGAACUGCAUCGGGUUGCAAAACACGGCGACGGACUGGGUUCGAAACCACCGCCUGCACCAUAAGCACAGCGAUACAGACGCCGACCCCCACAACUCUAGAAGGGGCAUGCUGUUCUCACAUAUCGGAUGGCUGUUUGUGAGGAAACAUCCUGAUGUGAAGGAGCGAGGCAAAAGUACCGAUAUGAGCGACAUCUAUAGCAACCCGGUGCUGCGCUUUCAGAAGAAAUACAAAGUACCUUUGAUCGGGGCGAUGUGCUUCGCUCUACCGACGAUCAUACCAACACUCUGGGGAGAAGAUAUCAUCACGGCAUGGCACGUCAACCUCCUGCGAUUCGUGCUCAACCUCAACAACAUUUUGUUGGUUAACAGCAUCGCUCAUAAGUACGGCACCAAACCGUACGACAAGACGAUAUGUCCGACGCAGAACACCAUUUGUAACAUGGCAAGUCUGGGGGAAGGGUUCCACAACUACCACCACACGUUUCCGUGGGACUACAGGUCAGCAGAACUAGGACAGAAUUACCUAAACUUCACAAAAUGGUUCAUAGAUUUCUUCGCUCUCAUUGGCUGGGCGUAUGACCUCAAAACUGUGCCAGACGACAUCAUCCAAAGGAGAAUGAAAAGGACAGGAGAUGGCUCCAACUCAUGGGGCUGGGGAGACAAGGACAUGACGAGGGAAGAAAGAGAAAGCGCUACUAUCAUAUAUCCUGAGAGAAAAUAUGAUAUAAAUAAACUUUCUAAAACACUUGAUUUAACUAAAAUUUUUAGUCAUGAUUAUUUUAGACUGUUUGAUGACCUUUGAUUUUUAUAUUGAAAAAAGUA